CCUAAGUAUUAGACACUGCAAGCGACAACUGCCUAAAUACUUUACUCUUCCGCAAUCAAACAAAUACUAAGCUCGUCUCACUGUUAGAUGAACGGCUGUAUGUGCACAACUUGUUUUGCAUAAGUUUUCCCUCUACAACACGUCUCUCUCCUAAUCUGUGGCCAGCCAGGGUUCUACCUGACACAAGUGCGAGAUUAAAGUCCACGUAGCGUGUGCUACAGUUACUCCACCUAGUCUGUUACGUGCAUCCUAUUUCACUCAACACAAGAUUAAAGUUCAUUCAGCUCGAGCAAAGGUCUUGGAAUGUGAGGUACCCGCAACCCUCACACACAUACGAGAGCGAGGGCUGCUGAAAAUUGACUGUUCAGUGCAGGUCAUCUGUGUGGUGUGUCUACAGUGCUCAAGUUGUCAUUCCAUUAAUUUGUUCAUUUAGAUAGCUUCGGUGUUUUAUCCCAGAGAAAAAGCAAUGGCUGCUUUAACUAAAGGGAUUUUUAUCGUUGCUGCAAAGCGUACUCCAUUUGGCACCAUGGGUGGUAAAUUUGUCCAGAAAUCAGCAAUGGAGUUGCAAGAGGUUGCAGGCAGAGCAGCGCUGGCAGCAGGCCGCGUCAGCCCUGAUCAAGUUGAUUCUGUUGUGAUUGGCAACGUUUUAAGUGUUUCAGCUCCAGAUUCAAUUUUCAUUGCACGCCACGUUUCUUUGAGAUGCGGAAUACCCAUUGAGCGACCUGCACUGGCUGUCAAUAGACUUUGUGGUUCUGGAUUCCAAGCUAUAGUCAGUGGGGCUCAUAACAUUCUCGUAGGGGACUCAAAAGUAGUUCUGACAGGAGGAACAGAUAAUAUGAGCCAAGCUCCUUAUGCUGUGCGUAAUAUCCGAUUUGGAGCACCUCUUGGAGCAAGAAUUGAAUUUGAGGAUACUCUGUGGGUUGGUCUUACAGACACCUACUGCAACCUUUCAAUGGCACUGACAGCAGAAAACCUGGCUGAGAAGUACAAAAUUGCAAGACAAGAUGUUGAUAAGUAUUCCCUUCGAUCACAAGUGCAAUGGAAGAACGCCAAUGAUAAAGGAUAUUUCAAGGAAGAACUAGCACCAGUCACACUGACAAUAAAGAAGAAAGAAGUGAUUGUUGAUGUAGAUGAACAUCCGCGACCUCAAACUACUGCAGAAGGACUUGCAAAACUCGCACCUGUUUUUAAGAAGAAUGGAGUUGUCACCGCAGGAUCUGCAUCUGGCAUAUGUGAUGGUGCUGGUGCUGUUGUUUUGGCUAGUGAAGAGGCUUGUAAGGAAUAUGGAUACAAACCAUUAGCACGACUUGUUGGUUAUUCGGUUGUUGGUGUGGACCCAAGCAUAAUGGGCAUAGGGCCUGCUCCAGCAAUUCAGAAGUUGCUGAAGGUCACGGACAAAACACUUAAUGAUAUCGAUCUAGUUGAGAUUAAUGAAGCAUUUGCUGCUCAGACAUUGUCUUGUCAACAAGAACUGAAAUUGGACAUGGAAAAAUUGAAUGUUAAUGGAGGAGCAAUUGCACUCGGACAUCCACUUGCUGCAUCAGGGUCACGUAUUACGAGCCAUCUUGUACACGAACUCAGGAGGAGAAAAGGAAAGUAUGGAAUUGGUUCGGCUUGUAUCGGUGGUGGCCAAGGUAUUGCUCUUCUGGUAGAGAGCAUACACUAAAUGAAUCCAAUACUACGCAACAGACUAAUUUGUACUGAAAAAUUUAUAUAAAGGAUUUUCAUAUUUUUUAUAUUCAUAUAUGUAUAUACACACAUCUAUAUUAAAAUUCAAAAAAAGCUUAGUAAA